CCACCACGACCUUCCCAAACCUUCAAUCUGCGACGGGAUAACCCCCCUUCGUGGGUCUGUGCUCGGCCAGAUAAGCCGAUGAAUGGAUCCAUCCGCAAUUUCACUUUCAUCUUAAUGCGUCGCGGGUCUACGCAGGGCUCAUUUAAUCUCGCUUCGCCGGCUCAAACCCCUUCCCUCCCACGUUUCGGUCGUGGUCGCCUUACACCGGCCGUUUACCUACCCAAUAUCUUCUACGUCGCGCAUCCUACCGAUUGAACAACCUUCCAACGCAACUAUACUGCAAGUACCUCGACAGGGCAUCGCUCAUCUCACCCCUGCCCGCCGAUCGCCACCCCAUGUCCCUGUCGCGAUCACCCUCUCCCCACCCGGGCGGAGGGUGGUCCAGCCCGGGGUUAACCCCCGGCAGCGGCGCCUCGACUCCGGGCGGCCAUUCACAAGCAACACUGGCCCCGAACGGCAUCUCAUGGGCCGCGGCGAAGGCCAAGAGCGACGAGGUGCGCAAGUAUCCUUCCUUCUCGACGCGGAAUAGCGGGUUUUUCUCGCGGCAGAAGCGCAAGAUCUCGGCGCGGUUGCCGAGCUUUCGUGGUCAGGCGUCUAGGCAGGGAUAUGUCGAUAAGGAUGUUUAUGGGCGUGGGCAGUUGCAUGCUGGUGGUCCCGGUGGAUGUGGGCCUUUGGCCACGUUGAAGAUGGUAUUCAGACGGGGGAGGACGAGGGUGGUGUUUGGGUUGUUCUUGCUGUGGAUUGGAUAUCUGUUUUUGUGGUCGACAAUCGUUCAGUUAUAUCGACGGUCACCGCUAGGUGGAGGUCCCAAAUUCGUGAUUAUCCUGGGAUCAAACGUGGAAGGCGGCGUUAUGGAAUGGAAAGGUGCGCGCGAAUGGGCCAUCGAGCGCAAUAGCAUCUGGAAUAAACAACAAUACGUCAAGCGCUGGGGUUAUCAACUCGAAAUUGCCAACAUGUUGGCCCAAAAGCGAUAUUCGCACGAAUGGCGCGAGAGCUGGGAGAAAGGCGACGUGAUUCGAGAAGUCAUGCGCAAGUAUCCCCACGCGGAAUGGUUCUGGUGGUUGGACCUCAACACCUGGAUCAUGGAAUACGGCACUUCUCUACAGAGCCAUCUCUUCAAUGACCUCGACUCGCAUGUCUACCGCGACAUCAACGAGUACAACCCCCUCAACAUGACACAUCCUCUUCCAGAGUUCUUCCUCGAUGACCUCGGUCGUGCCCUCGAAGGCGACGGCAACCCGGACUCCCUUUCCUUACUUCUCAGUCAAGAUUGUUCUGGCUUCAAUCUAGGCUCAUUCUUCCUGCGUCGAUCUAUCUGGACAGAACGCUUGAUCGAUGCAUGGUGGGAUCCCGUCAUGUACGAACAAAUGCACAUGCAGUGGGAACACAAGGAGCAGGAUGCUUUGGAAUAUAUCUAUCAAAGUCAAGCCUGGGUCCGCAGUGGAGUGGGUUUCUUGCCCCAGCGCAAGAUCAAUGCCUUCCCGCCUGGUGCUUGUGGCGAUGGGAAUGAUCCCGCCGUGCAUUAUCAAGAGGAAGAUCAUGACUUUGUGGUCAAUAUGGCCGGGUGCAACUUUGGUCGAGACUGUUGGGCUGAAAUUUACAAUUACCGGGCUAUUAGCAGUAAGCAUAAUCGGUCGAAGUGGGAGUGGAUUUCUGAUCGACUUGGUUCUGCUCGUGAGUGGGCGUUUGGGAAGAAAGACUAA